CCGCAUUUUUCCUCCUUGUGACCCUUCCUUGCCUUUCUCUCGGAACAAGUAUAUAUUCGUUUCUUCCUCGUUGUCUCUUUGAUAUUGUCAGUCAAUUGCUUAUCGUUGUUUCAAUCUUUCAAUUGCUCGUGUUGCUACUCCGUGCUCUUAUCCCAGAUAGCCUAGAGUUGCACAACCAAUCAUCAUCCUCCAUCUCCACCAAAACAAACUCCUCAGCUGAGCUUGACAGCUACUCCGUACAGAAUAAAUACAACUCUGAUCUGUAUCAACCUCUGAAUCUCCGUAAUGGCGGCAGUUACCAUGUCUACUCCUGCACGCCAACCGUUUGCCAGCCUGGACGCGCCUCGUCUGCGCGCCUUGGCCAAAUCUCGCAUGAACAUCCGCAAUCAGCAGAACGGUGCCAUGAUCACCGGCAAAAGAAAGCCUCUAGGCGACAUUGACACCGAAAACAUUGACCCGACUCUCAAUCUCUCCUCCAAACGCAAGCGUGGAUCCGACGAAAACGAUGACCUGUCCAGCAAGAAGACCUCCACUUCCACCGCUCCCCCCAAGCCUCUGAAGACCUCUCGAUUUGCAUUGAAGACUAUUGAAACUAGUCCUUCCGCCCCUCGCAUCUCGUCCCUCCUCCAGCCAUCUACCCCGAAGUCCACCCCCAGCCUCAAACCCGCCGGUCGCUCGCCUCGAUCUCUCAAGUCCAUCUGCAAACCGUUUGCUCGGAGGUCGAACAUCACCAAGGGAACUCACCCUGAGCCUACGGGUCGGAAGAGCGUUAGCAGGCCAUUUUCGAUUGCAACGGCUUUGUCGAGUGGAAAGUCCCAGAAAACCGCUGCUCCCGCCACCCCUUCUACCAAGACACCUGCUCCCGCUUCCUGGUCCUUCGAUAUCCACGUCGACUCUGAAGAAGAGGAGAUGACCAACCUCAUGCAACACUCCACUGGUGUCCUUGAUAUCAGUGACAGCGAAGCCAAGCAAGAUACAUCGUCCGGUCGCGGGAAGGAGAAUGUCCCGCCCGCUGAACUGGGUCUUGAAUUGGCUCCCGCCGCACCUCAACAGGAGUCGCCUGCCGCGGCUGCUCGCAAGUCUGUCAUGAUGGAAGAAUCGCGUGCUCCGCUUGGUGAGCUCAACGCUGCGGACUACUACGGUGCCGACUGCCAUGCAUUUUCCUACGCGGUGGUUUGGGGCGAAGAAGAAGAGACUGGUGUUGAGAAUGCCGUUCCCGUCCAGACGCGCAAGUCUGCAUCUCGUGGGAGUACCAAGCCUGCCCGCGGCACCAAGCUGUCUUCCGUCUCGUCCAUCUCUUCUCUUGAGCCUGCUGCUUCGAAGGAAGAGUCUGCCAAGAGUGAGCGGUCAGAGACUGGGAUUGAGAUCUAUGAGAGUGAGAGUGCUGCUGAGGAGGAAUCUGCAUGAUUCAUUCGUCUUAUUUUAUAAUUUCUGUGGCAUGGCGUUUGUUGGUGGUCAUCUGAGCUAUUUCGUCUUGAUACCCUUUCCUUUGUUGAUGUGCAAAAGCAAGCCGGUCUUUUUUCCUGUUUACUUUGUCUUAUUAUCUGUCAUACUAGUGCUGUAAAUACUGUAUAUCAAUUGAACAGUGUACCAAUUCUCAAGAUCCCUCAUCCAUCUCAUCAUCCUCAUCUUGAUCCUCCGCAUCAUCCCUCUCAUCCUCAUCCUCACCCUCCUGAUCUUGCAUCUCUACCUCCUCACCUUCACUCCCCUCAUCGCCCUCGCCCUCAUCCUCCCACUGCACCUUCUUCCCACCCUCGCCAACCUCAUUUCCGUCUUUCCCGUCAACACCCCCAGGCCUCCUAACAACAGCCCUCCAACUAGCAGCCCCCCU